UCCGCGAUUCCACCUGCGACUCCCGGGAGCCACCUGAGCGAGCGAGAAAAGCCGACAAAACCCGUUUGUGCGGCGGGCUGUGCGCUCCGUGUCCCCUCUCUCUCUCCCUCUCGCGCGCUUCCCAUCCCCAAGUUGCCCGCGCCGCCGCCAGGAUCCCGUCCUAACCAGCCGGGCCAGUUCUGCCACCCGCUGCCUGCCAGACAUGACGCAAGAGUACGACAACAAAAGGCCAGUUUUGGUUCUUCAGAAUGAAACGCUCUACUCCCAGAGGCGGCCCUACACCAGCGAGGAUGAAGCUUGGAAGUCCUUUCUUGAAAACCCUCUUACAGCAGCUACCAAAGCCAUGAUGAGCAUCAAUGGGGAUGAGGACAGCGCUGCUGCCUUGGGACUGUUGUAUGACUAUUACAAGGUUCCCCGGGAAAGGAGAACGUCAGCAGUGAAACCAGAUGUUGAUCAUUCUGACCAAGAACAUGGCAAAAGGAACUGUAUACCGAACAUGGCGGAACAGUCGCUCAUUUCUGCUGGAGAAAACCGAGUGCAAGUCUUGAAAAACAUGCCUUUGAAUAUCGUUCUUCCACACACUUCCCAGAUGGGUGUUGACAAGAGGGGCCACCUGACUACUCCGGACACGACUGUCACGGUCUCCAUCGCAUCCAUGCCCACCCAUUCGAUCAAGACGGAAACACAGCCGCACAGCUUUACAGUGGGCAUCCCUCCAGCUGUCUAUCACCCAGAGGCACCUGAGCGGGUGGUGGUUUUAGACAGGAGCCUGAGUGCUGACCAGUUUAGCUCCAGCGCCCAGCCUCAGAAUUCUCAGCGCCGUACUCCAGAUUCCACCUUCUCAGAGUCUUUCAAAGAAGGCGUGCAAGAGGUUUUCUUUCCUGCCGAACUGAACCUCCGGAUGGCUGGCAUGAAUUCUGAAGACUACGUGUUUGAAAGCAUUGCUGGGAACAACUUUGAAUACACACUGGAAGCUUCUAAAUCGCUUCGGCAGAAGCCCGGAGAUAAUACAAUGACGUAUUUAAACAAGGGACAGUUCUAUCCCAUUACACUGAAGGAGAUGAGUGGUGGUGAAGGAAUCCAUCAGCCCAUCAGUAAAGUUCGAAGUGUCAUCAUGGUUGUAUUUGCCGAAGACAAAACCAGAGAGGAUCAACUCCGGCACUGGAAGUACUGGCACUCUCGGCAGCACACAGCCAAACAAAGGUGCAUUGACAUCGCUGACUACAAGGAAAGCUUCAACACGAUCAGUAACAUUGAAGAGAUAGCCUACAAUGCCAUUUCCUUUACUUGGGACAUCAAUGACGAAGCAAAGGUCUUCAUUGCCGUAAACUGCCUCAGCACAGACUUCUCAUCUCAGAAAGGUGUCAAAGGGCUUCCUCUGAAUCUCCAGAUUGACACCUACAGCUACAACAACAGGAGCAACAAGCCAGUCCACAGAGCUUACUGCCAGAUUAAAGUCUUCUGUGACAAGGGGGCAGAGAGGAAGAUCAGGGAUGAGGAACGAAAACAAAGCAAAAGAAAAGGCAAGUGUACUGACCCCAGCUCCCAGCUGAAUGCCUUUUCUGACGUCAAAGUGCCGCUGCUUCCGUCCCACAAGCGUACAGAUAUCACUAUCUUCAAGCCGUUCAUGGACCUUGAUACUCAGCCGGUUCUCUUCAUACCUGACGUUCACUAUUCCAAUCUUCAGCGGGGAGCUCAUGUCUUUCCUGUUGCAUCUGAAGAACUGGAGGGCGAAGGCUCUGCCAUGAAGAGGGGGCCUUAUAUCAAUGAAGAUGAUUUUGCUGCCACCCCAGUUAAGCUGUCUCGAAUAGAAGAACCAAAGAGAGUGUUGCUGUACGUUCGAAAGGAAUCGGAAGAAGUCUUUGAUGCACUGAUGCUCAAGAGUCCAUCUCUGAAGGGUCUAAUGGAAGCUAUAUCUGACAAAUACGAUGUCCCUUUGGAUAAAAUUGGGAAAGUCUUCAAGAAAUGUAAAAAAGGCAUCUUGGUGAAUAUGGACGAUAACAUUGUGAAGCACUAUUCCAACGAGGAUACUUUCCAGUUACAGAUUGAAGAGGCGGCUGGAUCUUACAAGCUCACUCUCACCGAGAUCUAAAACCAAGCUCGUUGGGGCCUCUUGCGGGGCUUUUAAAUGAAGGCGGUGAACGCAAAAACCUCUCAUUACUUUUGUCCUCAGGAUUUAAAUGUGUCUCUAGGGAAGAAGCCAUUCGUUCUUCCAGGGAAGAGUACCGGUAUAUUUUGGCUGUUGUUUAACAGCGCUUCCAACAUUUCUGUCCUCUUGGGAGCAACACUGCACUUGGUAUAGAUAAACAAAAGACAAUGAAGCCCCCCACCCCCAAAAUAAGAAAAACAAAACACCCCAGAAUAUUUUUACUAAAGCACUAUACCCUGCAUAUCCCCUUUGCUUAUUAAAUGUGCAUGUGUUUCUUCAUCAGCUGGUAGUCUCUUACCAGGCUUCCCCCCCCCCCACUGAAAACUCCAAUUGAUGCUUACAGGAGUUCCAGACAGGCGGGGCGCUGGACUCGUAUGAUGUUUACGACCGAAUAGGGCAUAUUGCUAUCAUUUGCUUCUUCAACAUCUUUGGGAUGUGAAACUGCCUUGCUUUAUGAAGAACUUCCUUUAAAUUACUGUAUGAAUCCCCUUGGUGAGCUGUAUUUGUAUAUAAAUGCAGUGUAUUUUGAAGGGUUGUAAAAAUGUACAUAUAAGUCAUAUAAUAUAUACAUACAUAUAUAUAUAUAUAUGUAAGACAAGAUACAUAAGAUGUGUGUGUGUGUGUGUGUAUAAUAUAGAUUGAAUAAAUGUGGUGAAGCCCAUUGGGAAGGACUGUAUUUAUAUAAAUAAUACACUGAGAAAAGCAGCCUCAGUUCUAAAUUAAAUUUAUGCUGCAUGUGUUCAGUCCCUUGUAAGAGGGAAUUGCCGGGGGGGGGGGUGAGUUUUAGCAUAGCAUACUUAAUAUUUAUCAUCAAGUGAUAAGGUGGGUCUGUCUCCAUGUAAAUUAAUAAAGUUUAAGGUUAGAAAUAAUGUAUCAGUCCAGUAGUAAGGAUGAGUCUAUAUUUUCUCCAAAGGUGCAAAUGUGAAGAGAUAUAGGCCACGUGUACCCUCCUGGAAGUUAAGAUUUGAUGUAUUGAAUCUCAGGACCAUAAAAACCAGUUUACCUCUCACCAAUUUUUUCCUCUGAACUUCACUAUGACCCACCUUGUGUUUGGCAUAGUGUUUAUUUGGGGAACUCAGGCCAGACCUACAUCAACCUGCUAAGCAUUUUUUU